AUGGCCUUUUUGGAGAAUAUCAAGGAUCAAGCCAUCGCUCCCGAUCAUUUAAUUGCAUGGAGUGAUUCGGCAGGUGGCCAAAAUAAAAAAAAGUAUAUUGUCUGUCUAUGGCACUAUCUAAUAAAUUCAGGAGUGUUCAGAAAAAUUGACCAUAAGUUCCCUGAAGUGGGACAUACUUUCAUGAACUCUGAUAGAGACUUUGCAGCUGUUGAAAAGGCUAUCAGAAAGCACCGAUCAAUUUAUACAAUAGACCAAUACAUUUCUAUCAUGGCAGAAGCCAGGAAGAAAACACCUUUCAAUAUUACAAGAAUGGCGGACAAAUUUGUUGAUAUAAAAGAGCUUCCAAGAAAACUUGGACUCGUCGAUAGAAAAAAAACUACAACUAACGAGAAAUUUUCAUUCAGACAUGUGAGAUGGAUCCAGAUUGAGGAAUUUGGUAUAACCAAGUGA